AAGGUACCCCAACAAUGUGGCAUCUUUCAUGGCCCAAGACCACAUGCUCCACCAAGAUUGGUGGUCAUGAACCUCAAGCCACCACAGCCACAGCCACCUCCACCACCAAAUGCAUCAAAGCCUCACCAUCAGCUUCUCACUGUACUUGCUUGGCCAGACUGGUGAGGAAGCUGAGGAAACAGAGAAGAAGGGUAGGCUGUGCAAAAAUUUCUUCAUUCCAAUGCCGGUAUGAUCCACUGAGCUAUUCUCUCAACUUUGAUGCCAGUGGAUAUGGGAACUUGUUAGAUGACCAAGACUACUACAAGUUCUAUGCCUUCUCUUCAAGGUUUGUGGCCAACCCAUCAGGAGCCUCUUGUCCAAGAGACCAAGACUAAUCACCACCACCACUCAUUAGAAAAAUCAAGGACUUUUGGAGAUUAGAGAUGAAUAUUAGUGAU